GGUGGUCAGAUAGAACUGUCUGAAAUCAUUCUGUCCCAGGAAAUGAGUGAUACUAAGGAAAUGUAAAUGAGCUGACAACAGACAACAGGACUCCUAGCUUGGGAGUUCAUCCCAGGCCUGUGAAGCUUCUGCAAAAAAACUACAAGUCCCAGGGUACCUCUCACAACACUAGACUGUCAAGUUCACACAUGCUCAGUGUGGUGGCAGGAGGCUGUUUUCUAUAGGUUAGUGGCUACGUUAAAUAAAGUGGAGCAUGUUGCCCCACCCCAAAAGCAAGCAUCUGGAUUGGAGUUUGAGCCUAGCCCUAGGGUGGAGCCGGAACUUACCUUUGUACUUUAAACAGUCAGCAGUUGCCUGGGUGGGUCUGGAACUGGCUGCCAUCCUGACGUCUCAGAGCUGCAAGCAGGUUUGAAACCAGGAUCCUUGUGGCCCUUCUGUUACCAUCCCAUUCCUUACUCUUUCACCCUCCACCCCCGGACCUUCCCUAUGUACUAUGUCUCACAUAAUUCUUGCUGCCUCCAGGGACUCCUGGUUAGUCGUAAGACUUAACUACCCACCUGCGGGGUAAAAGUUCACUUUUGAUGAUCCCUUAGAAACACCCAGGACUGUUUCUGGGCAAGCAGGAAAUGCUGGGAAGUAUGGGCCGCCGGCAUUAUUACCUGAAGAUAGAUGCUAAGAAUCAGAGCUGAUGUGGGGAGAUGAUGUGUCGCCACAUAGGCUUUACUAGCUGCCCUGCCUCCUGUAGGUCCUCCCAGACAGCCACCAUGGCCUCUCAGCCUCUUAGGCCCACAGAAGAAUCCGACCACCCUGGGGAGUCUGAACUGGCUGUGAACCCGUUUGAUGGGCUCCCCUUCUCUUCCCGCUACUAUGAGCUGCUUGAGCAGCGCCGAGGCCUGCCCAUCUGGGCUGCUCGCUUCAUCUUCUUGGAGCAUUUGGAGAGCAGCCCCACUGGAGUGGUCCUGGUGUCUGGGGAGCCUGGCUCUGGCAAGAGCACCCAGAUCCCUCAGUGGUGUGCAGAAUUUGCACUGGCCAGGGGAUUCCAGAAUGGCCAGGUUACUGUCACUCAGCCCUACCCUCUGGCAGCCCUGAGCCUGGCUUUGCGGGUUGCUGAUGAGAUGGACCUGACCGUGGGUCAUGAGGUUGGAUAUAGCAUCCCCCAGGAGGACUGCACAGGACCCAGCACUCUGCUCAGGUUCUGCUGGGACAGGCUGCUCCUGCAGGAGCUGGCCUCAACCCGGGGCACUGGAGCCUGGGGUGUGCUGGUGUUGGAUGAGACUCAGGAGCGGUCAGUGGCCUCCGAUUCACUCCAGGGGCUGCUGAGAGAUACCACACUGGGAAACCUUCCAGGGGACCCUCGAGUGGUUGUGGUUACUGACCCAGCCCUUGAACCUAAGCUCCAAGCCUUCUGGGGCAAUCCUCCCGUUGUGCAUGUACCCAGAGUGCCUGGCAGCAGUCCCACCGCUACCUACAGAGACACUGUUCCUACUGAUCGGGUAGAAGCUGCCUGCCAAGCCGUGCUUGAGCUGUGUUUGAAGGAGGCUCCGGGAGAUGUGCUAGUGUACCUGCCCAGUGAGGAGGAAAUUUCCCUGUGCUGUGAAUCCUUGUCCAGGGAGGUGGGGACCCUGGCACUCCUAGGGCCUCCACCGCGGGUGCUGCCCCUUCACCCAGGCUGUGGUCAAGCCAUUCAGGCCGUGUAUGAGGACACAGACAUGGGGGCCCGGAAGGUCGUGGUCACUCACUGGCUGGCUGACUUCUCCUUCUCCCUUCCUUCUGUCCGACACGUCAUUGACUCAGGACUGGAGCUUCGAAGUGUUUACAGUCCCCGGAUCCGAGCAGAAUCCCAAGUCUUAAGACCGGUUAGCAAGUGUCAGGCAGAAGCAAGACUACUGCGGGCAAGAGGGUUCCCACCAGGAUCCUACCUCUGCCUGUAUCCCAAAACCACUCUGGAACUAGAGGCUCCCCCACUGCCCCAACCCAGGGUGUGUGAGGAGAAUCUGAGUCCCCUGAUAUUGCUACUAAAGAGGAGGCAGAUUGCUGAGCCAGGGGAGUGCCACUUCCUGGACCGGCCUGCUCCAGAAGCGCUGAUGCAGGCCCUGGAAGACUUAGACUACCUGGCAGCCCUGGAUGACGACGGGGACCUGUCAGACCUGGGAGUCAUCUUAUCAGAGUUCCCCCUGUCGCCUGAGCUGGCCAAAGCCCUGCUGGCGUCGUGCGAGUUUAACUGUGUGGAUGAGAUGCUCACCCUGGCCGCCAUGCUCACGGCUGCCCCAGGGUUUACUCGUCCUCCCCUGUGUGCAGAAGAAGUUGCCCUGCGUCGGGCCCUGGAACACGCAGAUGGUGAUCACAGCUCUCUGAUCCAGGUUUACGAAGCCUUUAUCCAAAGUGGAGAGGACGAAGCUUGGUGCCAGGCUCGAGGUCUAAGUUGGGCAGCAUUGUGCCAAGCCCGUAAACUUCGGGGAGAACUCCUGGAACUCAUGCAGCGAAUUGAGCUUCCCUUGUCUCAGCCAGCCUUUGGCUCUGAGCAGAAUCGCAGAGACCUUCAGAAAGCACUGGUGUCAGGAUACUUCCUCAAAGUGGCCCGAGACACGGACGGGACUGGAAAUUACCUGCUCUUAACCCAUAAACAUGUGGCCCAGCUAUCCUUACACUGCUGCUACCGAAACCGCCGGGCGCCAGCCAGACCCCCACAGUGGGUGCUAUAUCACAGCUUCUCCAUCUCCAAAGACAACUGCCUUUCCAUCGUUUCUGAGAUUCAACCUGAGAUGCUGGUGGAGCUGGCCCCCCCGUACUUCCUGAGUAACUUGCCCCCCAGUGAGAGCAGAGACCUCCUGAACCAGCUGAGGGAAGGAAUGGCAGAUUCAUCAGCAGAGAAGGAAACUUCCUCCGCCCAGGACUUCAGAGAUGCCUGUGUCCUGCAGUGACCUGCCUGCCUAAGGAAUGGAGCUGAGCUCAUCCCACGGCAUGAGAGCCUCCCUCAGCCCAGCGCCACUGCAGCCUGCCACAUUUAGAAACCCGAACUUUAGGGUCAGACGUACAUCCUAGAGCCUAAGCCCCAAGAAAGGGUGGGCUGGGCAUGGCGGGAAGGGGGCAAGCCACCACCUGUAUAGCCUUAGCAUUCUCCUAUUUAUUGGUGAGGGACUGACAUGCUUCCCAUCCCACCAACGUAUGCCAAACCCAUUCUUGUACUCCCUUUUGGUCCAUAAAAAGAUUUUCCUAUGAUGCCAAAUUUUAUUUUUGUUCUGCAACACCCUAUACAACAUCCAUGAGUCAGAGACAACAUGAUGUCAGAGAUCCAAGACCAAGUCCUGUUGCCUGGCUCCCUCCUCUGGUCACAUCUCUGUGUCAUCUCCCUGACAUAGCCGUCACUAGCAUGGAGCAGGAGUAGUCUACCUACAGUUGGUCUCUGCUCUGCCUGUCUUCCCUUUGUCCCAGUGUUCCAGGCUCCAGGGGAGAAAGAACAGUGCUGGUAAACGAAUUAAACAGAUUCUCUUUCUUC